GCAUGGGCAAGAUCACACAGUGCACAUUCCAACUUGACACUUCUGACAGGCAUGACAGAUAGUGGAGGACACAUCAUGUCUCUAUCUUAAUCACCAAGCUUUUUCAUAGUUAUGUGUUGUGCAACUCUACAACUCCAGCUCUAUAGUUACGACUAGGCAAAUUCCCCCGUGACCCAAAGGUGGGGCGGUGAAGCCACUCACGCCUCAGGCACCACCUCGGGCAUUGGCCCUCAUCGUCACUUCUUUGCGCCCCUCUCGACUUCUUUCAACCUUCGACACUUGAUCAUCGACGUUGACCAUCUUGUUCCACCCCCGUUUCUCUCCUCAAGACCAUCUUGGAUCCCGGUCUCCCUCCUACCUACCCUCCCCAUCCUAGUUUCUACCCUCUUCAUCUUCCAGAGGCGCCAAAAUGAAGCUUACCUUCAAGGAUCUCAAGCAAGAGAAGUUCGUGAUCGAGGUUGAGCCCUCCGAAACUGUCCGACAGGUGAAGGAGAAGAUUUCUCAAGAAAAGCCCGAUUAUGGCGCGGAACGGAUGAAGGUUAUCUAUUCUGGCAAGAUCCUGCAAGAUGACAAGACUGUCGAGUUCUACAACAUUCAAGAGAAGGAUUUCCUAGUCUGCUUGCCCGCCAAGCAACCCAAGGCUGCCUCCUCCUCCGCUGCUUCUUCGGUCCCCUCCACCCCUGCUGCCAGAGCUCCCGUUGCUACGCCCGCUGCUCCCGCUCCUGCUGCUCCUGCCCCCGCCACUCGUUCCACGCCCGCCGUACCGGCCACCCCAUCCCCGGCUGGCGGUGCUGCCACAGAAGCAACCGAUCCUGCUGCCUUUGGUGAUCCUUCUGCUCUGGCCAUGGGCGGUGCCGCCGAGGGCGCCAUGCAGCAGAUGGAAGCUAUGGGAUUUGAGAGACCCAUGGUAGAGCGGGCCAUGCGCGCCGCCUUCUUCAACCCAGACCGUGCUAUUGAAUAUCUCUUGACCGGUAUCCCCGAAAGCGCCCAACGUGAGCAGCAACAACAACAGCAACAAUCGCAGGAUGAGGCUGAGACCCAUACCGAGGUCCCCGCCGCUGGAGCUCUUGGUGGAGAUGAGCCCUUCAACAUGUUUGAGGCUGCUGCCCAGGCUGGUGAGGGCGGUGGUCGCGGUGCUCGAUCUGGUGGUGCUGGUGCCGGUGCGGCAGGUGGUGACGCAAACUUGGAUUUCCUCCGCAGCAACCCCCACUUCCAGCAGCUCCGUCAACUGGUUCAGCAGCAACCGCAGAUGCUGGAGCCUAUUCUGCAACAGGUUGCCGCUGGUAACCCUCAAAUUGCUCAGAUCAUCGGGCAAAACUCUGAACAGUUCCUUCAGUUGCUUGCUGAGGACCUUGGUGAGGAUGACGAGGCUCUGCCUCCUGGCACCCAGGCGAUUUCGGUCACGGAGGAGGAGCGCGAUGCUAUCGAACGUCUGUGCCGUCUGGGUUUCCCUCGGGAUUCCGUCAUCCAGGCCUACUUUGCCUGCGACAAGAACGAGGAGCUGGCUGCCAACUUCCUGUUCGACCAGCCUGAUGAUGAUGAGGAGUAAACGUGGCCGAUAUCAUUCGAUGUUUUUCUUCUUCUUUUCUUACGUUCUGAUGAAUACCAAUCAUGCUACUGUCGAUCAUCCCAUAUUGGCAGCAAUGUCCCAUACAACUCUUCAGCUCCCCCCUCCUUUACCUUCACCUUCCCCUUCUUGGACUCACUUCGGUGACAGUGGCUAAGAUCGUGCAACAUUCACCCGAGUUGAAUCCCGCUUGCUGAGUCCGCGAAAGUUUUGCGCUUUUACACACCAUGACCAGUUCCGGUGUGGGCUCUCUUUCUCCUCUUUUCUCUCUUCACCUUUCUUCCCCCCGAAACGACUUGUCAUGUACUUACUUAAUGGGCAAAAUGGGACGUUUUCGCUGAAUUGUGUGAGCUUGGUACCGUAUGAAGAGCUAGAUGUAGAUCAGUCCAUUCCCGUGAUCUUGGCCAUACCCGUAUGAAUCAAUGGA